GAGCUGCUCUUUAGUUGACAUGCGUACUGGCAGUGUUUCACGCUGAUAUUUGUGUUUGGUCUCGUAAGCAAAGCCUUGUUUUCUUUUUUUACUCCACGCAUAGUGCCUUGUUGAUCAACUUGUGCGCCUGUUUGUGUUGUAAAACGAUGAGUGCCGGUGAGAAAACGAGCAACAGGGACAGCCUUCGAAGCGCUUGGUGGCCUUAACUUGUCUAUUAAAAAAUUUUCCCUGGGGAGGGCUGCCGUGCCAUGUGCUCGUCCCGCAAGCGGCGUCCCCGCCCGCGGCGUGCGUCCUGAGGCCGGGCCCGAGAGCAAUGUCUGCCAAGGCCCCGUACUACUACAGUGAACUGGGGCCCGACAAGAGCCCCCUCGGGGCCCUGCUGCUCUCGCACGAGGCCGCUGCCACCAUGCCGGCCACCGCCACCGCACAGUCCGCCGCCUCCUCCAACACCACUCCGCCGCCCCGCCUCGACGGCACGCCGCCUCCGUCCUCGUCGGAGCCGCUCGCCGAGACCUCGUCGGGCUCCCCCGUGGCAGACCAGGGGGGCGGUUUCUUUAACCCGCUGCUCUCCAUCGAGCCUGAUGUCUCGGUGCCGGACACGCCGCCCAAGCACAACCACAAGAAGAAAAAGAAGGCCAAGAAGAAGAACGGGGGCGGCGGCAACGGCGGUUCGCCGAGCAAGUCCAACGGCAUCUACGGCACAACCACGGCCUACGCCCGGCAGCUGCUCUUUGGCAGCUCUUCGUCGGUCAAGGGGGACAAGAAGAACCGGCGGGGCUCGGAGCCCAACAUCUACGAGGAGAUCACGGACGCGGAGGAGCAGUACGCGGCGGCGCGCAGCGAGCAGUACCUCCGCGGGGGAGGUGCCCCCACGAUCCCCCGCCGGCCGCGGCCCCCCCCGCCCUACGAGGGGGCCAACCCCCACGUGCGCGAGGAGGUGACGCGCGUGCACCGCACACACGCGCACAUCCUCGAGAACCUCAACCUGGACGUGGAGACGAUGCUGAUGCCGGACGCGACGCUCGCUCCGGGGGACGGGGGGUGCGGCAGGACGGGUGGGGGCUCGGAGAGGGGGGACUAUGGGACGGUGGGGGGAGGCAAGCUGGGAGGGGGAUGCCGGGGGGAUGCCUACCACCACCACCCCGCGGCCACCUGGAGGCGGGUGAUGAACGAGUACGUGGAGCACCGGGCCUCUGCGGCGACGACGGCGCCGGGAGGGGAGGUGCAGGGCGGAACGCUGCCUGCGCGGGCCUCCAAGCUGCAGCACCGGAUCCCUUACGCUAGUCAUAAGACCUUCCAGCCGUGCCAGCCCGUGCCUCCCCCCCCUGCUCCCGCUGGGGGCUCUGCCAGCCCCUACGGCCGGGUGCCCUCUGUUGGCAGCAGCAGCAGUGGGGACGGUCUUACUCCCGAGCCCCUGUACAUGCUCUACGACGACUCGCACAAGCGGAGAACCACUCUGCUGCUUGCCGCAGAUAUCGGACUUCGGCCCGAGGACAACAUUUACGAGGAGGUGGACAUCUAUCGGCGGGACAACAGCUCCUUCGAGGACGGCUACAGCGUUGCCGGCUCCGAGCUGGGGCUGGACCACUCGGAGAGUUCGGAGGAGGGUGACCCCGGUGGCAGGGGCCGCAGGGCCGCACGCCUGGCCGCCAACGGCAAGUCGGUCAAGAAGCGCAAGGACUCGGACGUGAGCAGCAAUCUGGCCAGCAGCUUCACACGGUUCUUCUCAACACGGCGGAAAGACUUUGAUUCUGACAAGCUUGGUAGCCGCGUCUGUAGUCGCCAGCUGUCAGAGGAUGAAGGCUACGCCGAUGCCAAGGCUCCGAAGAAACAGCGGCCGCCUCUGACGCUUCCCGCCAUGCCCCCAGGAUUGACACCCGAACAGACCAAGAGGAGACUCAUUGUAAAUAACAUAGUUGAAAGUGAAAACUCCUACGUCGGAUCUCUCCAAAGGCUCAUAUGUGACUUCAAGCGGCCCCUGGUGAACAGCCAGCCGCCCCUGGUGAGCCAGCGGAAGGUCGACACCAUGUUCUUCCGGCUGGAGGAGAUCCUGCAGUGCCACACCCUGUUUGGCAUCGCCCUCACCCAGUGCGUCUGCGAGUGGGACGAACGGGAGAGGAUCGGGGACGUCUUCCUCGCCUCGUUCUCCAAGUCGGUGGUGCUCGACAUCUACAGCGACUUCAUCAACAACUUCAGCACCGCCAUGGAGACUGCCAAGCAGGCCGCCAAGAGCAAGUCGGCCUUCUCCGAAUUCCUCAAGAUGAAGCAGAUCUACAGCCCCGACCGGCUCUCCUUUUUUGGGCUCAUGGUGAAGCCUGUCCAGAGGUUCCCGCAGUUCAUCUUGCUCCUACAGGACCUGCUGAAACAGACUCCCAAAGGCCACCUGGAUCGCAUGUCCCUGCAGCUUGCGCUCACCCAACUGGAGCUCCUCGCUGAAGCGCUCAACGAGCGCAAGCGGGCCGCUGAGCAACACCACGCCGUGCUUCAGGUCUUGGGCUCCCUGGAGUCCAAGUUUUCCCUGAAGGCAUUGGCUGCGGCUGCGGCUUCUUCAACAUCUGUGGACGGUGCCGACCACUUCCUGCUACGGCAGGACGACGUGCUUCAGCUGGAGGUGGAUCAGAGUGGCCUUGUCAUCAAGUCCAAGGCGCGUCGCAUUUUCCUGCUGAACGACCUUCUUGUUUGCGUCACCGUCACGUCGAGGCCGUCCUCGGAGGGUGGCCACACGGGUGGUCGGGAGCGCCUGAGCCUCAAGUGGGCCGUGCCCCUGCAGGAGGUGGACGUGCAGGAGGACAUUGCCCCUGCCACACGCAAUCUGCUCGCUUCCUCGGGGAGAGCACGCAACUCGGCCGGACGCCUCAUUCCCAUCGGCAACCCUGGAGAGUGCUCUGGGUCGAUGCAAAUUCUCUACGACGAGCUGACUGACCUUGUCCACGACCUGGAGGUCAUGAGUCGGAUAUCCGUGCUAGUCACGUCUCUCAAGAGGCCUUACCCGGAGAUCACGUGCGAGACGGUGCAGAGCGUGACACGCAGCAUCCAGGAAGCGGUGCGCCACAAGGACGAGGAGAUCACCCUGCUGGACAGCUGCUGCCUGCAGCUGGCACUGCCACACAAGUCCAAAUCCCAGAAAGUGCAAGUCAGUUUCCAGUUGUCGAGUCCCGCAGUGAAGAGGGACUGGACGACAGAUCUACGACUGGCAAAGCUGGCCUUAGACCAGAACAACAUGCCAGCCUGGGACGUGCCUGAACAGGACAAGCGACCGUCCAGCAAGCUGCCCCUGCUCGUGCGGCUUGUGCCCCUCUACCCGGCCACCACCCCUACCGAGGUGAAGUGUGGCUGCUUCUACAGCGUGUCCCCGUCCAGCCCCGGGGGCCUGCGAGCCCAGUUCCUCUGGCUGUGCAGCACGGAUGGGGUGAACAGCCAUCUGGUGAUCCUGUCCCUGCACCACAUCGCCCUGCGCUCGGUGGGGGCCUUCGACCUGCCCGAGUCGCGCAUCGCCGCCAUGGAGGCCGUGCCACCCCCGCCAGACCCCGAGGCGCCCCAGGCCCCGCCUCCCCCGGGGGCCGCCGAAACUGUCUGGAUCACCACCGAGAGCAAGAGGCUGAUCCUGCUGAUGGCCUCCUGCCCCGACAAGUGGACGGAAGUGGGGAGCACCACCGUGCUGGCACCAGUGACCCGGAUCUUGUACCACUGCGAGUGCGUCUAUGUGGCCCUCACUAGCGGCUCCCUCAACAUCUACCGCAGGGACCCUGCAACCGGCGGCUGGGACCUCAACUCUCCCGGGGUCCUUGUACUGGGGACGGAGCCCAUCACGUCCCUGCUACCUCUGGGCACAUCUCUCUACUGCGCAUGUGCAGACAAGAUCUACGUUCUCGACGCCUUCACCUCAGACAUUCAGCGUACCCACACGCUGGGGCAGGAAGACGGCAGCCAGGCGUAUUUGAUGGCCCACUCUGGAACGGGCCUCUGGAUUGCCCUGAAGAACUCGUCUCGCAUCAGCCUCUACCACACGGAGACCUUCAGGCAUCUCCAAGAUGUCGAUGUUGCCGAUGGCGUGGGACGCUUCCUUGCCGCCAAGCAGGGCAGCGUGCGUCCCCCCGUGACGGUGACCUCCUUGGUGGCUGGCCGGGGCCUGCUGUGGGUGGGCACGAGCGCUGGGGUGGUGCUCACCCUGCCCCUGCCCCGGCUGGAAGGGGUGCCCAUUCUGGGGGGACGCACCUAUCUGGCACACCAUGGGCACCGGGGACCCGUCACCUUUCUGCUCUGCCUACAGCCCAGGGUGCACCCCGCACGCAGGCAGCCCAGGGUGACGGCGGAAGAGGCGAGCCCGGAAAGGCUCCCCGAAGAAGACGAAGAAGAAGAAGCGGAGGCGGGGGACGGCUCCAGGGCAGAAGACGCCGCCGAAGGAACGGAAACUGGCGCCGAAGAGACGGAGCCGGAUGCCAACGCCGGCGUUUCCAAACAGAAGUCCGACUCCAUGCUGCCUUCGACACCGGCCGGCCACAAGCUUGGAACCAAGGCCCUCCGCCGGACGGAGAACGUGCACAUGUCCGGUGCCAAGACGCUGCCUCGGGGCCUGUCCCUGUGUGCCCGCGGCCUACCGUCCCUCACCUCCCUGGCCGGGGCAGAUGCGGGCGGGGCGGACAGCGGCAGCAGCCCCGAGGCGAGCCGCAGCGAAGUGUAUGGCCUGUACGCCGACCUCAUGAACGUCCAGGACUACGAGAGCCACGAGCAACUCAACCGCAGCGACCCGGAGCUCAUGCACUUCCACUUCGCCACCCUCGGGCGCAGAUCUCAUCGUCCAGGCCGGCCCCGGUCUUGGGACUUGUCCACCAUGGAGGUCUCAGGAGAUUCUGACUCCUCGGCCGCCACGUGCGACCCGAGCAACCCGGCCGCCGCCAACAACAUGGCGACAACCAACACCUGCGCGCCACCAAACACGGCCGGGGCCGCCCCUUCGUCCUCGGACGCACUGAAGUCUGCGUUUGCGUCGUCGCCGUCCCCCUCCCUGUCAUCGGCGGAAGGCCCGGCGUACGGCACGCUGCGGCACCCGCGCGGCGUGGUGCGGGGCGGGGCUCCGCACCGGGGGGGCGCAGCCACGGACGGCGGCCCGGGGGCACAGCAGAGCAAGACGCUGCUCACGCUUACGGGUGGCUGCGGGUACGUCAACUGGCGCAAGGCCGGCGGAGGCGAGAGGGACCACCUGGCGUCGUCGGCAGCUUCGUCGUCGCCCAGCGGGGACGCGCUGGUGCUCAUCUGGGAGAUGAAGGUCUGAGGGCUCCUCGCGAAGGACGGAUCGUUCGGUGUCGCGAGGGCUUGUACCGCCCUCGGGAUUUCCGUUUGAAACGGCCUGUCGCCCCGUCCCAUUUUUCUGGCGAGCUGCGAGAGUAGGUCGGCCGUGUGAACGAUUUUCGAAGUAUGUUCCGCUCGGAGAUCGAGCAGCAACUGUGGGAGUUCGACUGACGGGGACUUUUGUGCCUCCGUGUCGGUCGAGCGAGAUUUAGAAACGGGUUUACGGGCAGCUUUGUGCGAUUCCGAAAGUUGCGGGGAUGAGGUGGAUGGUCGAGCUAAAUUUGCUGGAGAGCGAGGGAGCUUCUGCCUUUUGCUAGUCACACCGAACAGGUGACCCUCUUUCUCGGAAUCUUCUGUUUGAGCUCUGGACGGGUACGGCUUAGCUUUUUUUCUUUUUUUUUUUCUGCGCCGAAAAUUAGUUUUAUGUUACGUCCCGUCGGCUUGAGACGCGUCGUGGCAUGUCCGACGUCGUCGUCGGACAUGCCACGGGUUUUGGAGGGCUGUCUAGCUCGACACGGUGGCAGGUAAUGUGAUUUGGGCAUUCUUGGGACAGUUUAGAUUUUAAAAAAAUGUUGUCGGCUCUCUGGGCUUACUGCAGGCCGCAUGCCACGGUAGACGAGCGUUUUUAGAGAUGGCUCGUGAAGCCGAAUGCAGCUUUGCAUUUGCUCGAGCACCGGGACUUUGCCUUUCCGAUUUAUGUGCUACCGAGCUGGAAGAUGCUCGUUAAAACUCCCAUCCCAUUAUGUGCUUGUUAUCUGCGACAAGCCAAUGCUCAAGUUAGCUCGGUAUCUGCAUCGUCACUCGAAUUUUAGAAGAGCCAACACUCGUAACUUAACGGGCUAUGGAAGUUUCAUUCAAAUAUUAAGAGCCAAAGAAACGCUUACUAGUGCUUUAUUCAUCGUCACGGACAUGCGCGAAACAUUUUUAAUGCUGGAAUUGUAGCCAAACAAACAUACCACAUUCGUAAGCCCAGUCAUCUUAUUCUAGACGGACCGAUUCACGUGAAUGUAUUGACUUAAUUGCUGCGGACAGGUUGCCUAUGUACGGUGCACAAUCAGGAUGUAUUUGUGAGAGUGUGGAUUUUCUAGCAGUGUAGUUUUGUAUGCGACACUCUCUGACAACUUCAACUUUGCAAAAGUGUCGGCGAGGACGGUCGAGAACGGCAGCUCAUUUCAUGCAGUUUGCCAGCACUCUGCCAAUGUCGCAACUUGCACGACGAACAUCCUAGGCGAUGUCGUGGAAACGGCCGCAAGGGAAGCCACAAGGCCUAGCAGCGGUUUUGCCGCCCGCGAUAAUAACGCCUGGCAGCCGGUAUUGCAGCAGUACUCGUCCGGCAAGUGGGAACCUGCUUUUCCUCUGUCAGUAGGCCUACCAUUUACCGUAAUAGUUGUGGGUGAACUUUUUUAAUAUAUAAUGUAAGCAGCUAGGCAUUGCUACGCCGCGUGCAUUCAAGAAAGAAUCUCUCCUUUGAACGCGGUGGUUGCAGUGAAAGACCUUCGCGGAGUCUUGCCAUAGUCGAGGGGUGUCGACUGCACCCAGCAUCUUAUUUUUUACGAUGUAGCUUUUGCAGUGACGAAGCGUGCAUGUGUGUGUGUGUGUUCGUGCGAGUGACGUAAAAUGCUGCUUGUCUCACUCAUUUAUUUUUGGUGUCAGUCUUUGCUUACGAGACAUGUCUUUGGGGCUUGUACAUUUUGCGUUUGUCCUUCGCUUAUAGUCCUUGACAGUUCUUUGCGUGUAAUUUAAGCCAGCCGCUGUACAUAAGUUAGGAACGAGCGUGCGAAUUGUCAUUAUUGCCGAUAUAUAUUUUGUCUGCGUUUGUGCGCCAGUUGCAUGUGGCACUGAGCAAAGUUUGUACUACAUUGUAUUCUAGAUUUUUACUUUGUUGUACACUUGUUUUUGCCAAGUCCUCUUCCAUACUUGAGUUUUUGGAACAUUUAUAGCACAUGCACAGAUGUUUGUAUAAGUGAUUGCAAGUGCAGAUAGAUACCAGUCAGGUUCAAGGCAGCAUCUACUUUGUUUUAGUUUUAUGCCAAUUUUGCUUGUAACCCCGUGUAAAGUAUUACCAGUCAUAUUAAUUCAAGGUAUGUUUUUAUAUAGUUAUUUUAGCUUAAAAGCUGCAGUGCUGACUCUUAUGAUCAAAUGGCAAACUUUUUUUUCUUUUUUAUCUUGUGACAAUGCCAUUGUAGCAUAGACUUUUGCAAAUUACCUGCAUGAAGAUGUGUACAAUCUUCCUGUGUGAACAAAGAGCACUUCUGCAUUGUUUUUACCAUUUACUUUUUUAAAAAAAGUAUAGUUUCGUUUUGUAUGCACUGCACACAAUAAAGCGGAGAUUUGUCUACAUAAA